GGUUAGCAGGACGUGUCUUUAAGUCCGCGUUAAUUCCUGUAGUUCUACGAUUGUGUUUUUUUCUUAACGUGUAACAAACUGCACAUUAUUAAUCCUUAAUGUCAGGACAAGCUCGUCUCGGUGAACGUUGAAGCUUCUCAGGCUAUCUCAGCUUGCUAGCCUGCUAGCAAAGAGACCCGGAAGUUAACACAUCGCUAAGCAGAGUUCCAAGCGAAUGUAAUGUGCGAUUGUGUGAAAAUGUGAGAGCAGAGAAAAUGCUGAGAGCUUUGGUGAAGUAACAACUAAUUGCAGCUGUUGAAGAAAUAGUUGCAGUGUUGGAAACGAACGAUAGCAGAGUACGAGGAGGAACUUUCUCGAACAAAAGACGAACUACUGGACGCUCUUUUCAAGAAGUAUCAAGUUGUGUUACACGGAGCAGACGUCACUGAAGAACAUCUUCCUUCUGAGCAGCUCGAGUAGAGCUCCAGGAUGGAGCAGGAGGAGCCACGGCCUCCCCACAUUAAGGAGGAAGAGGAGGAGCUGCAGCCCCCCCACAUUAAGGAGGAAGAAGAGGAGCCGCGGCCCCCCAACAUUAAAGAGGAAGAGGAGAAGCACAGCAUCAGUCAGGAGGGAGAGAAUCUUGAAGGAUUGGAGGAGUUCCCAGUGAUUGGUGUCCCUGUGAAGAGUGAAGAUGAUGAAGACAAAGGUGAAAGUGAGGAGAAGAGAGAGGUGGAGCCUCCAAGCAGCAGCUCAACUCAACACAUGACAACAGAAGCUGAUGGAGACCACUGUGGAGGAUCACAAGCAGACAACCUCUUAGCUCCACUAUCAGAUAGUGACGACACAACGUCACACUCUCCUGACACUGAUGAUGAAGACUCUACAGCUGAUAUGACAUGUCACACUGACAACACACACUUUAAAUGCUCUCAUUGUGACAAAACGUUUAAACACCGUAGUAGUCUGAACAGACACGUGAGGAAUCACACUGACAACACACACUUUAAAUGCUCUCAGUGUGACAAAACGUAUAAACACCGUCGUAAUCUUACGACACACAUGAGUGUGCACAUUGACAUCACACACUUUAAAUGCUCUCAGUGUGGGAAAACCUUUGGUAACAAGGGAAAUCUGAAAACACACAUCAGAUGUCACACAGGAGAGAAACCUUUCGCCUGUUCAGUUUGUGGUAAAAGAUUUUUUCAGAAGUCACAUUUGGAAGCGCACACAAGAACGCACACGGGAGAGAAACCUUUUCCUUGCUCAGUGUGUGGUAAACGAUUCUCUAAAAAAGAUAAUUUCAACAGACACGUGAGACUGCACACAGGAGAGAAACCGUUCCAGUGCUCAUUUUGUGAUAAAAGAUUCUCCCUAAAGGCAUACUGUAACUCGCACACAAGAAUACACGCUGGAGAAAAACAUUUGACCUGUUCAGUUUGUGAUGCAGAUUUUUUACGAAAUCAAGAGGUGAAAAUGCACACGAGAAAACACACAGGAGAGAGAACUGAGAACGAGCGACGUCAACUACUGGACGCUGUUUUCAAGAAGUCUCAAGUCGUGUUAUGCAGAGCAGACGUCACUGAGGAACAUCUUCCCCCUGAGAGGCAGGAUUGGAGCUCCAGGAGGGAGCAGGAGAAGCCACAGUCCCCCCACAUUGAAAAGGAAGCAGAGGAGCCACAGCCCCUCCACAAUAAAGAAGAGCAGGAGAAUGACAGCAUCAGUCAGGAGGGAGAGCAUCUUGAAGGACUGGAGGAGUUCCCAGUGAUUGGUGUCCCUGUGAAGAGUGAAGAUGAUGAAGACAAAGAUGAAAGUGAGGAGAAGAGAGAGGUGGAGCCUCCAAGCAGCAGCUCAACUGAACACAAAACAACAGAAGCUGAUGGAGACCACUGUGGAGGAUCACAAGCAGACAACCUCUUAGCUCCACUAUCAGAUAGUGACGACACAACGUCACACUCUCCUGACACUGAUGAUGAAGACUCUAAAGCUGAUAUGACAUGUCACACUGACAACACACACUUUAAAUGCUCUCAAUGUGGCAAAACUUUUAAUCACCGUUGUAGUCUAAAAAGACACAUGAAAAUACACUCUAAGAACACACACUUUAAAUGCUCUCAUUGUGACAAAACGUUUAAACACCGUCAUAGUCUUAAGGCACACAUGAGUGUACACACGGACAACACACACUUGAAGUGCUCUCAAUGUGACAAAACCUUUAAUGACCGUAGUUAUCUGAAACGACACAUGCGACUACACACAGGAGAGAAACCAUUCAAGUGCUCAGUUUGUGAGAAAAGAUUCUCCCUGAAGUCAAAUUUGAAAUCACACACACGAACGCACACUGGAGAGAAACGUUUUACCUGUUCAGUGUGCGGUAAAUGUUUUUCCCGAAAUCAAGAGGUGAAAAUACACAUGAGAAAACACACAGGGGAGAGACCAUAUACCUGUUCAGUCUGUAGUAUCGGUUUUGUGCAAAGUUCAGACAUGAAAAAACACAUGAGAAAACACACCGGAGAGAAACCAUAUUCCUGUUCGAUUUGUGGCAAAAGAUUCUCCGUAAUGGCAACAUUGCAAAGACACACGAGGACACACACUGGAGAAAAACCACAUUCUUGUUCAAUCUGCAACAAACGCUUCUGUGACCGAACGAACCUUGUAAAACACGUGAGAAUACACACCGGCGAGAAAGUGCUGCGUUGCAGUGUGUGUGGUGAAAGAUUCUCUUAUAAGUACCAGCUUAACAAUCACAAGUGUGCUGGUGAGAACAGCAGCAGGAAAUGAAGCUGCACGACUUGAAAUAAACUGCCAAGACUUUGAUAACUUGGACUUUCACCACAUAUAACAUAUGUGACAAAUUUUAUGUAAAGUC